AAAUAUAUGAAUUUAAUAAGAAGAAGAAAUUUUUCCGAAUUUAGUUUUUGAUUGAGUUAUAUCAUACGUAUCUAACAAAAAUGUCUCAAAUAAAAUUAUUUCUUAACAAACAGAACCUUUUGCGUCCUGCUACCAGGUUUAUGUCGGAUUGGGUACCUAAGGAAACAGUAACUCAUACUGGACAGAAAUGGAGCUCAGAUGAUUAUAGAUUAUCCAGAUUUAUAGAUAGACCUAAACACGUUAACAAAAAUUUUGCAAUCAAUCUCAUUGCUGAAGUUCCCCCAAAACCCUGUAAAGAGCGUGUAGUUUGGUGUGAUGGUGGCAGUGGACCUACUGGACACCCAAAAGUAUAUAUUAAUUUGGACAAGCCUGGAAAUCAUAGUUGUGGUUAUUGUGGAUUAAGAUUUUAUAAGGAAGAUCAUCAUUAAAUGCUUGUAUAUAGCUAGAAAUAAAUUUAAAUGCCUAUUAUAUCCUAAAAUACAAUUAGUUUUAUUUACUUUAUGUUCACUUUGCAUUGAAUUAUUACUAGUAGGUUUUUAUAUGCUGGGAACUAAAUAUUCAAUAAUCAAAUAGGCUUAAAAAGUUUAAAGAUAUCUAUUUGCAUUUUUUCUUUCCUGUGUAUCUCCAGCUUCUUUAUUUUUAACUAGUUUACUCAUCUAUAUCAUUAUCUCCAUGAUUCAUUAUUGCUUUUAAUGCGUCUCCUAGUCUCAAAAGUUUUUAUUAGACAUACGCUAACUCAAUUUUUUAACCACAUUAGUUUUUCUCUAGUAUUUAUGUCUUCCUUUUCAUCCACCAAUUUAGUCCAAUGAUGUUACAUUUGAAUAGUUUAUGAUUUAUUUUCAUUCAUAAACUAAUUCAAGUGUUCAAUGAUAUGCAAACGCCUGCAUAGCUAAUUCUGACGUGACAGAGACGGGCGGAGCUCCUAUUCCAAACAAUUUUGUUGAUCAUGGUAAAUGCCCAUAAACAAUUUUUCAAUUAGUGUUUUCGUGGUUAAUGUGAUAAAAUAAGACUUUUCAGUUGAAUAUAUUGUUGAAGGAACGUACUAUUUAAGAGGUUUUUAUUAGUUUUUUACCAGGUGAGUUAAUUUAACAUAUUAAUUCUGCUUUAAAACUUGUAAGAUUAUGUCUAUUUUAUUUUUGCAGUACCUUUUUGUUUGUUUUUUUUUGCAGAUCCUAUUGUUGUUAAGAAAAUAAAUGGCUUUUAAACAUGUCCUAUAACUUUCCAGCAUCAGUGCUUUUAUAGAUGAGACAAUAAAAUUUUAAAAAGGGGUGAAAACGCAUUAGAGUCUAGUCAUGUGAAGAAAAUGGACUUUGGCUCUGAUUUCCAGGUAAUCAGACGGGAAGUACUUCCUAGUAUGAAAGACAAAAGCUACAAGGUAUCUAUAGUGUUGGAAAAGAAUGGUGACAUUAAAGAAGCCACCUGCACUUGUCCCAGGGUUAUAAAAUGCCAUCACAUUGCCGCGUUGGUACUUUUUGGGCAUUAGAAUAUAUCUGUAAUAGAUGAAGCGUGUGCAUGGAAGGCACUACCUAAACCGAAGGUUGAGCCAGUGAAAUCUGCAGAACACACUCUUAGGUGAAUCCAAUUUGGAUGGUAUCAAAGCAAUCCAGUGGAGUAGAACUCAUGAAAAAGAUGCUCUAGAUCAUUUGAAGCAGAUUUAUAAUUUAAAUGUUCGGCCAACUAGAGUAUGACUUACAAAUUCAGGACUUCUUGGUGCUAGCCCUGAUGGAAUAAUUGAUGAAGAAACCAUUGUAGAAGUCAAAUGCCCAUAUUCUUUCAGAAAUGAUAAGUUGUCCGAAAAAUUGAGGAAUUUUAAUAAAUAUAUAGUUUUUUAUGACUAUGAGGGUAACUUGAUCUUAAAUACAAGUCACAAUUAUUAUCACCAAAUUCAAAGAGCUUUCCAUAUUUUAAAAAAGAAAAAAUGUUACGUAUGUAUUUAUACCUUGAAGGAAAUGGUUGUGACAAUUGUAGAGUUUGACGAUUCAUGAAUAGAAAAAUUUCUAUAUGGAACAAUACUUACCAAAGUUGUUACACAAUUAAAUAAAAAUUUUUGACAUGUUUUUCAAUGUGAUUUUAGGUUAUUCUACAGUGUUAGCAGAUAGAGUAUACAGUUUACUAUUUAUUUUAGACUGAAAAGCCACUCUAUACAAAUUUUUGUUUGCUGAGGACAUCAGGAAAUUAUGUUUUUUAAUAUAAAUGUACAAUGCUAUUUUGUCAAUAAAGAUUUUUGUAACAAACUUCAGCUAUUUUAAAUUGCUGUAUUGAAUGUACUAUAGUUGAGUAAUUUUUUUUUCUGUACUAAAAACUAAAAUAAACUAAAACUGCUUGUGGCUU